AUGCAGCGCUACGCCGCCGAUGUUGCGUCCGACAAGCUUGCGUCGGACAUCGUAAUGCUGGACAUCGGAGAGGUGAGCGACUUCGCCGACUACUUCGUGAUCAUCACGGUCGAAUCAACGCGGCAGAUGCGCGCGCUCGUAGAAGACCUUGAGCACGCGCUUGAAGAGAAGGGCGGUGUGCGCCAUCACCGCGAGGGCACCCCUGAAUCCGGCUGGAUGCUGCUUGACUUUGGAGAUGUGGUCAUCCACGUUUUCGGCGCCGAGGAGCGGCAGUUCUACAACCUCGAAUCCGCCUGGGCCGAGGCUACCGAAUUGGUCAGGAUUCUAUAA